GUUGCAGAAAACACCAAAAAACUUGAUCAAUCAAUUAAUCAAAUUAGGAAAUUUCUUCACACUCUAAUUGGUGACUUCAACAACUUAAAGACUAAUCAUCAUCACCUUCUCAUUCUACUUCCCUUGUUUUAAAUUUAAUUCAUCAACCACUUUGUCUUAAUAUUUUAUUACCCACUAAUUUAAUCCUUCAUCAUAAUCAUAUCCAGUUUACUUUUUUUUUUAUCUGCUGCUUCUUUCAAAAGUUCUUGGAACUAACUAUCACAUGCCCACGAUCUACACUUGUUUUUUUAUUUCAAAAAUUAUCUAAAGAUCGGAACUUUAUAAUAAUUCAUGGCUGUUUAUUACUCCCCAUUUAUUCUAUUUAUCUUUGUUCUGUUGACAUUGAAUUUAGGACCAUUUGCAAAUUCUCUACCUUUCAUUGUUCUACAUGGUAUCGGAGAUCAAUGCAAGAAUCGAGGAGUAAAACAGUUUACAGAGUUACUGAGUGAAUAUUCUGGUUCUCCAGGAUAUUGCAUAGAAAUCGGGAGUGGAACAUGGGAUUCAUGGUUUAUGCCUCUGGAAGAACAGACAGGAGUUGUUUGUGACAAGGUGAAGGAAAUGAAAGAAUUGAGGAAUGGUUUUAACAUAGUUGGACUCUCCCAGGGAAACUUAAUUGGCCGAGGUGUGAUAGAGUUUUGCGAAGGUGCACCUUCUGUAAAGAAUUUCAUUUCUCUAGGGGGACCUCAUGCUGGUACUGCUUCUGUGCCUCUUUGUGGUACUGGUAUCUUUUGCAUAAUUGCGGAUAACCUAAUUAAGGGAGAGAUCUAUAGUGACUAUAUCCAGGAUCACCUGGCUCCAGCUGGCUAUCUUAAAUUUCCUAAUGAUAUCCCUCAUUACUUGGAAAAGUGUAAGUUUCUUCCGAAGCUCAACAACGAAAUUCCCGACAAGAGGAACUCGACAUACUCGAAAAGAUUUACAAGCUUGGAGAAUUUGGUGCUUAUUAUGUUUGAAAACGACAGUGUUUUGAUACCUAAGGAAACCUCUUGGUUUGGAUAUUAUCCAGAUGGAUCAUUCAAAACAGUUUUGCCAGUAGAACAGACAAAGCUUUACGAGGAGGAUUGGAUUGGUCUUAAAGAGUUGAACGAAGCUGGAAGGGUACAUUUUGUAAAUGUAACAGGAGGCCAUCUAGGAAUCUCAAAGAGCGAUAUGAAAAAGGAAGUUGUGCCUUUCUUAGCAGACAGCAACUCUAAGCUGCACAGAUUUCCUCGCAAAAUAAUAUUUCACAACUACCAGAAAGAAGAAGAUGCUGAAAGAAUACUAGAUGGAUCAUCAUCUUAUCAAUGGCCAAUAUCAGUUAAAGGUUUUCUGGAGGAACUUGUUGGACUCGCAGAAGGAAACGAUUCAGACUGAGAUGUGAAAUAGUAUUUACGCUUUGAUGGGAAUUAUGGGCAUGUAUAGUCAAACCCCAUAUCAUUAUUUUCUUCGCCUUCCACGAUUGUUAUUCCAAAUUCAAAUGGACUGAGACUUUACAGAAAAUGCUGUAAUAUCAUUUAUCACAGAAUUAUCUAGGUGUAUGUGGAAGGUUUGAUUUAAGUCCUUUUGAUUCAGUACAACUAAAAUCACACAAGUUUGUAAAGGAUAUAGUAAAAAUUAAAUCACACCAAAUAUUUUCAUCAA